AUGGGGAGAGGACUCGAACGCAACAGAAUUGUAAUUAUUUACCGGAGAAGUCGUGUUUAGACUGUUUGGAAUUCACUCCUGCUUGCGGAUCACAGCACCAGACACAGUGAUUGUGGGAGUGCGGGGCCGUGAGACGAGCAUGUUCAGAGCUUUGUGUGUGUUUUCAGGCUGUCCUGCGUCAUCGCAGCUCUCCUCUGUUUAUGCAGGGGCUCUGAGGAUAUGAAGAAGGAUGCUAGGACAUCCGAGCCUCCCCUCUGUCACUUGAUAUCUACAGCGAACGGAUCAGACCAUUUGGACGCUUCCACGCGGCGUCCUGCCGGGGGAGCCGAGCCAAGUCCAUUUACUCUCUCAUUCAUGUCUCUUGCGAUAGAGUCAUCUUUAUUCUGUAAGGGCCUCGCCAAGGAGCGAUGAAGCAAUCAAGGCUGAUGCAAUAUUAAAGUGGUUAGACACACCAAACUGGCUAAUGAGUAAAUCUGCGUGGCCUCAAUGUCACUCUAUCCGUUCCCACAGCGAUGUGAUGAUGAUGUUCAAGGUGGAAACUUGAGAGAAGUGGAGCCUUUUUAUCCCAGCUGCCUGCUGAGUCACUUCUCUCUCUUCACUUCGAUAAAAAAAAUACCUUAAAAUGCUUCGAAUUCUCGUCAUCCUCACCUUCUUCCAUUUUGGGGAGACAAAAGACUGCUCGGUGGUAAACAUUUACUGCCCUGAUAUCAAGACGGAUAAUGGAUUCAAGUUUCCAUACAACUGCUCAAACCCGGCCCAGAACGGGUCUACGGAACGUGAGGUGGAAAUCAGUGACAACAAGACAAUGAUCGCUCGCGGGCCGUCACUUGUCCAUUCACCUCAUGUCACGAACAUGGACAACAAUUCAAUCACCACAGCAGAGUGCAGAGACCUGCACGUGAAGUGCAUAAUUCAUGGACGAAAGGUGAAGGAGAGCUGUUGGGUUUAUGUAACUACUGGGAAUAUGACCCCGAUGAGUCCUGAUCCGAUUCAAUCACCAGACCCAGCGGACCCUCCACCCACUGAAUCACCUGAGAAAGUGCCGUCCUGGGUCUACGGGCUCAUCGGGAUCAUUGUGAUCAUUGUGAUCAUUGGGAUUCUUUGUCAUUGGAAAAAGAAAGUGAAGACGCUGUGUACAGACCUGCUGGUGCGGAUCGGACUCAGAACUUCCCAGGCUGGGAGGGAGACAGCAGGAGAAACUGGUGAACCACUCUCUGCCACACAUCAACAAGCCUGUGAUGACAAUAAUCACAAUGCGAAACUUGAAAGUGUGUGUACUCUCAGUAUUGAUCCUGAGCCUGAUGGCGAGACUCCUCCAUCCUCCGGUCUGGACCGCACCCUGAGCAACGGGAGGAUCCAGGAGCCUAAAAACUUCUUCCGCAGCAUGAGGGAUGAUCCAGGAGGAGUGAAUGAUAACAAAGGAAAAGGCCGUCUCAGGAACGGGGAAAUGUGCAAUGGAUGGGCUCGCGGUGAUCGUGGUCCUGCAGACGAGAAUGGAGGACAGCCUCUGCUGCAGAAUCAGAGAGCUGCCAACCCAGACAUGACAGGCGAGGCCGGUUUGGUGAACGAACGCGGCUUUGGCACACAGCAGGUCAGAUGGUGCUCGACUGCACCGGACGCUGACGUGGAGUCAACGCUCAACAUGAAGAACACAAUGACAGAUUAUUAUUAUUAAUAAUAAUAAUAAUAAUAAUAAUAAUAAUAAUAAUAAUAAUAAUAAUAGGUAUAUUAUAACAUAAAGUCAGAGUUUGUGGUACGUUUCCUGGCAACUGCUUUGGGACCAAGUCGAGCACAUUUGUUUAAAGCUGCUGUAAUAAUAAUAAUAUUUAUUUUAGUGAAGUGAUAAAACUCAUGCAGUAGAAGAGAAAAGACAAACUGAGAAACAGACAGGAAGUUAACUGGAGCCACGACAUUUUACAGCAGCUUUAAAUAAUUAUUUCUUUUUAAACAAGGCCAAAAAAUAUAUAUUUUUACAAGCCUGAUGUGCUGAAUUUUAUAUAAUUACAGCAUCUCUGAACCAUUCUUAUAAACUAAGUUUUUCCUCAGGGUAAAAUGAGACAGUCCUGGUGGAAACUGGUCUCGUCUGCGUCUCCGUCUGAGCGUAUUCACCGACGUAUAAAAAGUCAAUCAGACGGAUCGGAUGACAUCAUAAUUUGGGGUUAUUGUGUUUAGAUGAAUACGGUUAAUUACAUUUUACCAAAGUAUCGUAUUACCCGACAGUAAUCACAGUAUACACUGAUCAAUACAGUGAAAACACACUGGUCUAAUUUUAAAUUUGGUUACUGUGAGUGUUCAGUGCAUCACUUGACUGAAGCAGGGGUGCACCACGCCAGUGAAGGUACCACAGACCCAGCUGAGACAGCUGGACCCAUCAGAACCCAGAACCACUCCAGGACAUUUAAAGAUCUUAAGACAUUUAAAGAUUUUGGGAAAUUUAAAGAUCUUAAGAGAUUUAAAGAUUUCAGGACACACUGUUUGUUAUGAGUGAGUCACGUUGGGUUCUCAUGGGUUAAUAUAGUUGUAUUAAUAUUAAUACAUCACUAUCGAUAUAUAAAUAUUAAUAUAACAUGUACAAUGUAUUGUAUAAAUACAUACAGUACUGUAUUCAUAAGACAAUUAUAUAUUCCACAUAUAUUAUAUCUAGAACAUGCAGAGACUGGAUACAUUCAGUAAAUUUGAUCUUUUCUCCUUUUUCUCCAUGUAGUUUUUAAUAUAUGUUAUUAAUUAUAUCCUUGUUUCCUUGAAUCACAUCUCUAUAUAUUGUUGUUCUAAUCAGUGUGCUUGCUUUUGAAUUUAGUUUUCUUUUUGUUUGUAGUUCUGUAUUUUUAUUUUGUUGCUCAUAUGCUCAGUUGAUUUUGUUUUUUAAUGCAUUUUAAGAGAUGAUACUGUAUUUUGAACACAACACAGUUUCUUCAAAUAUGAAAAACUGUGUUUGGAUUGAAUAUGUUCUUUAGUCCAAAACACUGUUUUUACCAUCUGAGGAAACCUCGGCAGUGUCUUCUGUACAGUUUACCACACGGGGGCAGUAAACAGUCAUGAGUCCUGCACCGCUGAGGUCUGCAGGAACAUAAUUACUCCUCUUAUUACUUUUGUUGAGAGAUGCAAACGCCAUUAUUUCACUUUAAUUCCAGAUUGCAAUGGCUUCAGUAUCCCUAAUCGUACUCAACACCUACACAAUAUGUUUCUCAUUGUAACAUACAGUCUUUUAUAUAAUCAACCUCUGUGGAUUGACUUGAUGAUGAUGUUUCAAUAAAUCAGUCUUCUUGAAGUACA